GCUUGUCAUUGCGCCUAUUUGGGGAAGAGAAGCUGCGCCUCCUUGCUCCGUUUUCCUUUCUAUUCUUUUUUAUUUCUCCUACAGCAUCCUCCUCAGAUUGCCUCCGUGACAGAGGCACAGAGAGAACAAGCAGCAGAGACUUGUAGGACAUUUGGAAGUUUUUUAAUUUGAAAACAAAAACAAUAGAAGACGGGACAAAGAUGCAUAAUUAUUGGAAAGAAACUGUCCAAUCUUUGCUUUUUGCAAUCCUGGCGUGUCUCCUUGUGACCCCAGCGGUGAGUGCAGAUGGUCGAGUGUUUGUGUUGGACCAGAGGAAUUUGUCUGGACUUCAUGGCUUCAGAGAUGCUCAGCAAGCGUGUUCCUCCCAACACGCCCGCCUGGCAGCAGUGGAGGAGCUCCAUCACGCCGUGGCCGAGUGCUUCUUCUCCGAGUGCACCCGUGGGUGGCUCCAUGGAGGCGCAGUGGGGACCACGGUGUGUAAUGCUGAAGGCAGCUCACUGAAAACGGUGAAGGUGAGGGUAGAAAACGCUACAGAAGAUGCUGCACACCUGAGAGCCUUCUGCAUCAAAGACAAAGCGGAGGCAUGUGGAGACCCUCCAUCCUUUCCCAACGCUCAUCUACAGGAGCAGUCUGGCUCUGAGAUGGGAGACGAGCUGCUGUACAAGUGCGUGCCCGGUUAUGUGAUGCCAACUGGACACGCUGCCUUCAGCCUGCUGUGUGACAGCUGUGGGGAGUGGUACGGAGCGGUGCAGAUCUGCAUCAAAGAUGAUACUGUUAGCCAAGUAGACUACGAGGACAAAUUUGAAGAUUCCUACGAACAUACGGAUCGUAGCCAUGAAAGCUCAGAGAAGGAUCAUGAUGAGUUGUACGAGGAGGUGUUCGGAGGUGCGCCACAAGACGGAAAGAGCAGCCUGAAGGAGCAAGAGACAAGAUUCAGGUUCAGCGUGGAGGAGAAUCAAGACCUGCAGAAGGAACAUGAAAUGGGAGGAAUGGUGAUCGAUAACAAAAGACUGUUUCAAGGAGGUGUUGACCAAGUUAAUAACGAGGAGAAGGAGAGGAGCAAGGUGGUUGGGACUGAUGCAGCCGCAACUACAGAGGAGCCUGUCUCACUUCUCUCCCAAAAACAUCUUUUCUGGUUCCCCUCUGAAGCCUUCCAGGAGAAGGGACUUUCCUUCUCCACAGACUCUGUUACACAAACAACACAAAGAGUCUCUGGCUCCCAAUCCCAGGAGAGCAAAGAAAACGAGAGCCUGGAAAGGCACCGCCUCUCACCCCAACUUGAUGUUGAUGAUCGUGAUGAUGGGCAAGACAGAUUUGAGGAUCAUGACGACAGUCGCCAUGAUGAGGACCAGGACGACCCUGAUGACCACAACGACCGGGAUGAUCCUGAAGACCAGCAUGACCACGACGACCAUGAUGACCACGACGACCAAGAUGAUCUCGACGACCAUGAUGACCAUCAUACUGAUGAUCCAGGUGAUGUUGAUAGUCGCCAAGAAGACGAUGACCUUUUGAAGCACAAAGGUCAGCCUCAUGAUUUCGAUAGACGGGAUCGUCACAAAGAUCGUGAUGAUCACGAUGACCAUCAUGACAUGGGCGAGCAUGAAGAAGACAAAGAUCGUGUUCACUAUGGCACACGGGAGUAUGACGAUCAAGACAAUGCACACGAUGAACACCACAGUCACGAAGAUCGUGAUGAUGAAACAGAGGAUCAAAGGAACAAAAAUGGAGAAGAUGUCGAUGUAUCUGAGGAACAUCCAGAAGAUGACGACCACGAUGAUGAUGACCAUCGUGAUACCCACGAUGAUCUGAAAGACAAAUACGAUGACAGCUAUGAUGACUUUGAUAGUCACGAAGACGAUGAUGGUCCCAUGCAUGCAAUCUUUUCUAUAGCCAAGGAGGGGUGGCCAAACAUCACCCAGAGGGGGACAGGAGGUAAGACCACCAAAGGUCAGACAUGGCUGGAUGGGUACCCUGUUCAAGAUGCGGAAAUUAGUGAUUCAACAAAAAAGCCUCCAAGAUCAGAGGAUGGUAAGACAACAGAAAAACCCAACGAGGUGGAAGUCCGAAGACAAGUUCCUCACACCAGCUCAUCAGACAAGGUUUAUUCUCCCACUAUGGCACCUGACCAAGAGGUGGUGAAGAAGGUGAGACCAGGGAUCAGGACCCCAGGCACCUCUCACGACCAGUUAGAGCAUUCAGACUCUCCCUCAUACUCAGACACCUUGGACUACGACACCCAACAGGUAGCCCCCACCCACUCCUGGCUGGACGAACUCACCGAGCACCCGUUCCUCGAUCACGGCCCGGCUCCUCCAGCGCACAACAGCGACAUCUUCACCGGCGCGAUGGGGGAACACGCUGUGCAUAACCUGCCCGGUGAGAUGGGCGAGGUGGAAGGAGAGAUGGGGGAGGCCAUGUGCGUGGGAGAACACUGUCCCCCCCACCCGCCGAAAUCAGCCAGUCGAGGUCCCACUGUGGCGGCCAUAAUCGUGGUGAUGUGUGCCGUUGCCAUGGCAGUCAUCUUCGGGGUGUGGUGUUACCGGCGGCAACAGCAGAAGAGUUCGAUAUAUGAGAUGAACGAGAAGGGCCCAGCUCAAACUAGACCAGGACAGCAGAUAGAGAUGCAGCAGAAGGUGUGAUGAGGUCAGCGAUGAAGGACAGAGACAGUCAGAUGAAGAUGUGAGGGAUGUCACGUCGUCACAUCUUGUUGGACACUUCCACAUGGAGGGAGGAUUACGGAUGAAUAUGGACUUGUUACAGCUCCACGUGGUAGAGUCCACAAAAAUACUGUGACACACGAAGACUUGUUACUGAAAAUCACGUGAAACCAGAGGACAACAAAUCCCUAAACCUGCUGUCCCUCUCUUGUCCCUGACCUUCGGUUUAAACUGUCUCCACAUUUAGCUGGACACACCAAUGAGCUUUAGUCCCAGAAACUGGAAACAAAUCCCAGCAACACAAGACCUACUUUGAAAAGAGACUGAAACUCUGAAGGGUCUUGGACAUCUUGGUUUCUGUGUUGCCUUAACUAGAUGAGACUAAUAACGUUUAACAGACUCCUGGUUAGACAGAAGUGAGCCCAACAAGUCAAGAAUACGUUAGACAUAGUGUUGCCAUGGUACCAGAGAAAUAACAAGCUUAUAGUUUUUUCUAGAUUUGUGACAUUCGUGCCUGACAAUUUCAGUGAAAUUUACUUUUUUUUAGAGGGCAAACAGAACUCUGGUGUCAUAAAUAUACGUAAUAAAGAGAUUUUACAUGCAAAUACUAAUAGGUGUGGUGCUUAGGGUUCUAUAAUCGAGUUUUCAACCAGCAAUUAAAAGGUGACUAAAUGCCAGAUAAGCAUUUAAAUACCAAAUGUUACAUUUUGCACCUGAAUGUAAGUUUUUAUUGGCUUUGGUGACACAUAUGCAAGCAAAAAUUCCUAAUAUGGUCAUAUUUUGUUUUUACCCAACUAUAAUCCCGUGUCUGUGGGAUCAAACAUUACUCGUUUUUAUGCUGAUGAUCCUUUUUUGUGUUUGGAGCAGAACCAGUUUGAAAAGUCCACUAAGGUUUGUUCAUGUUGGCCUAAAGCCUUGAAAUUAGAUUGAGAAAAAGGGUUUUCAGGGUUCAUACAAUGGUGAAAAAAGGGAGGUUUUAUUUUUAAUAAUCAUUUAAGAAAAUUUUAUUACUUGCGGAAGAAAAAAGCCCAAAAAUUGAUGCUUUGCUUUAAAUCACAAAAAAAAAAAAUGUUAUCUCAUAUUUCUUUGGUCAUUAACAUAAAACAAUUUGAUUUUCUCCUAAAACCUUUCAUAAAUAUUAGUGAUUGUGUGAUAUUUUACCUAGAACUAAAAGUCACUUAAAUGCUCUACUUAAAUCUGAUUUUCUUCUUUGUUCUAGUUUGAUUCUGUGGUAUUUGUCUUUUAUUUUUCUAUUCUUACAUUUUGAACUCUGUAAUAAAUGUAAAUAAACCCAAAUGCCUAGAAGAGUUUCAAUCCUACUAUCAGAGCCUAUUAUUAUAGUUAUUAGAGAAAUAACUACUUAUUACUAAUCACUGUUAAUAGCCAUUUUUAGAUCAAAAACGUUAGAAAAGUCAAUGUUGUUUCCAUUGUUAGCUCUUGCUUUUACACACGUAAAUAUAUGCUACAUAUUACUGUUAUUUCAAGUUUAAAUCAGAAAACUAUAAAUAUUUUAUCAAUUUCCAGGCAAUUUCCAGACAGGCAUCAAAUGUGCUCAAGUUUGUUUUAAUCUGACACUGAUAAAUUCCAUUUUUCACCUGGUCAGUGAAAGCACCACAGCUGAAUUUCCUUUCAUAUGAUUCACUUUAAUGUUUUGAGGUAUACCACAAAAUUAUAAAUACAUUUUUAAUUAUUGUGUUUUUAUGUAAGAAAUAAUUCCAGCGACACAGAAAUAUUUAUUAACAACAUACAGUCAACUUUUUACAUACUGUAUCUGUGUGUCAUUAAAGAGCAAGUCACCCCCUACCAGUCUAACUCCACUCCCACUUCAUGUUUGAAAAACGCAACACAUUCUGUUGCCUGGCAGACCGAGAGGGCGGAGCUGCUAAGAAAUACACACACACAGGCUCACGACAGCAUUGUGACAUCAUAAUGUACCAGUUUACAUCAUAGCAUACCUCUUAGCCAAUAGCGGUGGCAGAUUUAAAUUAAAAUACAGUGCAGUUUUUACCUGACAACGGCACAACACUGCCAGUUUUAGGCAGAAUAUGUAAAUUUUAACUAAGAUGCACUGAAGUGCCAAAUUAUUGACGACACGAGUCUGCAGCACGAUUAGACACUCGUUUAUUUAGUUUAUCAGCAAAAAUAAAAGUUUAUUUGGGGGUGACUUUCUCUUUAAUCAUCUUAAAAAGGUAACAGGUCUUUUUUUAUUAUUAAUUGGUCCAUUUUCAGCUAAAAUACCAGGGGCCUCAUUUAUCAAGCUUGCUUACGCACAAAACAGGUUCAGAAAACUGCAUAAUCAAUUUCCCUCUGGGAUUACUAAAGUAUUUUUGUAAGCAACUUUCCACGCAAACUUUGGGAUUUAUGAAAGAAAACUUAGCGGAAAAAUGUUUGCAACUUUAAGUUGACUAAGGACCUGGAUAACGCACAUGUUGGACAUGGAGAGCACCUGCAGUGCUGCUGCUUAGAAGAUAAAAUUAUGAAAUCCUGCAGCAUUAUCACUUGUACUGCUUCGUUUUCACACAGAGCAAGACCCCCCACACACACGCACAUGCAAACACACACACAUGUGCGCACACUCACACACAUGUGCGCACACAACGCCUGAAGCGUAGAGUAUGGAAUGCCGAAUAUCAGCAGGGUGACAGACUGAGACAGAAUCUCAUGCGUCUGUGACAGUGGUCACUGUGACCCGAUUGAUCAUCCGCCCUGGUUACUUGGACAGUGGAGAUCUCUUGUUUGGCUGACCAGUUAGCGCACGUGGUUUUCACCUGGGAGUCUGGGGAUCAAAUCCUGAUUGGACCAUUCUUUUUUAUCCGCCACAGAUCUCUCAGAAGAACUCACAGCAUUGACGGCUUCAGCAACGCUGUGCCACUCCGUGGAUUUUCUCUUAUUUGUUUUGCAAAAGCACUUCCUUUCAUUUCUCCACCUCACCCACAGGUACCUCAAUUUCUGCUUCUGUGAAAUUGAUCUUCCUUGAUCUACCUUGAUCUACGGUCGCCAUGUCAUUGGUGGAGCGCUGCAACAUCCGGCUUAUGUAUAUGCAUGAGAUCCACAAGGCACUUUGCAUUGGCUAUUUAUGGCAGUAAGUGGGCGUGGUGAGGGCGGGAUGUGACUAAAAUGCAGCUGAGAACCUUUCUAGAUAGUCUCCGAUUUAUGAAGCGGAGAUUGCGUGCAGCUGUGCGUACUCCAUGUUUGAUAGAUCACAAAACUACUUGGCGUAAGUACAUUUUUUUGCUGAGCUUAAGUACGGUUUUAGUAAGGAUUCUACGCAAUGUUUGAUAAAUGAGACCCCAGUUUUGUUUUAUUUAUGCCGACCAGUGAUGUGCUGAAAUAAAGAAAUAAAAACUAAUAAAUGUGUUUUCUAAGAUUCAAUAAACGUUUAAAAGCUG